AGACCGGGAUUUCGCUGCGCAUACAUAUUUUUAUGACUCAAAAAGUAAUAAAGUAUACGUAUCAGCAUCACCAGCAAAACUUUUUAUGCAAAACUAGUCCCAGCCUUUCAUUUUAUAUUUUAUUUUAAAUAAAAUUUUUUAAUUUCAUCUGGCUUAUUUUUGACAUAAAAGGAUAAUAAUAACAGUACGAUAUGGAAGACGAUAAUUCAGUUAAAAAACGUGAGCUUGAUGAAAAUAUUGAAACGAGUAAUAAAAAAAUUUGUUCACGUGAUGAUGAUGAUAUUACUAAUAAGCCAUCAACAAGUGGUUCAAGUGAAGCUGGUCCAUCAACAAGUGGAUCAAGUCAAGCUGGUCCAUCAACAAGUGAAUCAAGUGAAGCUGGUCCAUCAACAAGUGAAUCAAGUGAAGCUGGUCCAUCAACAAGUUCAUCAGACCAAGGUGGAACGACAUUUGCUGAUGAAUUUUAUCUCGGUGGAACAUUUUGUGAUUUUAAAUAUCGUAAUAAGGACUCUGAUGAUUCUGAUGAUGAUGAUGAUAUUAAUAAUUUUGAUAUUGAUAAUAUUGGUAAAGAUGAUAUUACUUAUCAUGAGGCCACCAUCAUAGGAACUGAUUAUUAUUAUAAUGAUGAAUUUGAUACAAUUGUUAAACUUGUGAGCCAGAGUGUUGAAGAUAGUACUACAUUUCUUACUGAUCAUCAUCAUAAUGAUGAUGAUGAUGAUGAUGAACUUUGGGAACCUAUGCCUAAUUUUGAUGAACCAAAUAAAGAAAGUACAAGUGAUCCAUUAACAGCUGCAGAGGAACUAUGGGAAAAAGAUCCUAUGAUAGAUCCUAUGUGUAAUUUAAUUGAUGAAAUGAUCAAUGAUGAAAGUAAAAUAUAGAAAUUUUUUUUUUAUUUUAUUCAUUAGA